UCUAAAGCAACUGUUAACAACUGGCAUAAGUUAGACGUUACAUUAAAAUUUUACUUUUAUUUUUUUUAUUAGCAACAGUCAUUAUAGGGACCAUUGCCUCAUUGCCCUUGAUAAUGCCGGACCUCUCGUAAAACCUGGUGGGGGUGUUAGUACAUAGGUUUUAUUAUCAAGCAACUACUCUCAUUUUAUUACAGGGAUAAAAGUCAAAUCUUUGAGUGGAGACAGGUACAGACAAUAAAGAACAUGUCCAGCCUGAUAGGUAUUACAGUCAGCCCACAACGUGUGAACACACGGAGGGAGGAGGGCUUCCAAUCUGAAUUUAAACAUCUGGUCGACUCAGACGACGACAACGAAGAAGAAGAAACGUUUCUUGACAAGGACUUUGAUAUACCAGAACCUUCUUGCAGCUUCCCAGCCUACAAGACUAUGGCAGCUAUGUUUGGGGCUCUUCUGUUGCUGUGUAUCGUGGUGGCCAGUUUGGCAUAUCUAUCUGGAAAUUCAGCAUGCACUUUAGUAGAUGUGACAACAGCAUGUGGCAAAGUACGUGGUCAACACUGUGACGGGAUUUACACAUUUAAAGGUAUUCCAUAUGCAAGUCCUCCCAAAGGAUCAUUACGGUGGAGACCCCCAGAAGAGCCCACCUGCUGGAAUGGCACACUGGAUGCUACGGAGUUCAAAUCCAUGUGUGCCCAAAUUCAGCCUUUAAGUGAAACAGGUGAAGUGAUGGGAUCAGAAGAUUGCCUCUAUAUUAAUGUAUGGACACCAUCAGUGGAUCAUGAGGCCAACCUGCCGGUUAUGGUCUGGAUACAUGGUGGAUAUCUUCUCAUUUUAAGUGGAUCAGAGCCUGUGUACUCUCCUACUGAGGAGCUAACUAGUUACAGUCACGUAGUCCACGUCAGCUUCAACUAUCGUCUAAAUGCAUUUGGAUUCAUGGCUUUGUCGGUGCUGAGAGAAGGAUCCCCUACCAACACCUCUGGUAACUAUGGUUUCAUGGAUCAGAUAGCUGCACUAAAGUGGGUACAGAAGAACAUCAGAUCUUUUGGCGGAGAUCCAAACAAAGUGACCAUCUAUGGGCAGAGCUCAGGAGGAACCUCAGUGUGGACUUUGAUGGUGUCACCCCUGGCCAAGGGUCUUUUUCAUCGGGCCAUGGACAUAAGCGGAUCAUCUGUAUUUAAAGCCACAUUGGAGGAGGCAGAGGAGACCAACCUGAUAUUCCUGAACCGCACUGGUUGUAAGGAUGCUGAUUGCUUGAGGAAUCUCAGUAUACAUAAAAUCCUUCAGUCCAUUCCUUGGUAUGGAUACCCAAACUGGGCUUCAGAGGACUUGUGUGAUCUACCACAGAAAGGAAAAUAUGUUGGUCCACUGACUGUAGUGGAUGGAUACGUAGUGCCUGCUUCUCCAUUGGAUGUGUGGAAACAGAAGAUACAGGGUUAUAGUGAUGUGCCAUUUGUGAUUGGUACCACGCUUCAAGAAGCAGAAUAUUGUCCACUUUAUGCCAAUCUGUCCAAGUGGACGAAAGAAGAUUACCAUUGGUUUGUGAAGUUACAUCUGAACACAUUUGGAGGAGAACUGUCAUCUGACGCUCUAGCGCUCUAUCCCACCUCAGAGUUCUGCUCCCAGCCUGAACGAUGUGUGGAGAAAACUUACAUGACUAUGGUGUCAGACCUCAGAGCUUCAUGUCCUAACAAUAUUCUGGCCCGACAAGCUGCAGAGACUCUGAAAAGUCCAGUCUACCGCUAUCAGGUCACAUACACGCCUUCCCAUGCAGCAAAAGUCAAACAUCUAUUCACCUAUCCCAGCUGGUUCUCCUUCCACAUGCUGGAUACACUGGGAUUUUUUGGAACACUGGACGAAGCUUUGGAUGGGGUAUCAGAAGAGGACCGUGAAUUCCAAAGAAUGAUCAGGAAAUACUUCAUAUACUUUGCAAAAGAAGGGACUAUGCCACCUGAGUGGCCGACGUAUCCUGAGGGUACUGGGCUAUUUUCCACAUCUCUGACUUUCAAGAAGGACUAUCGCUCUGCUCAGUGCACACUGUGGGAGGAGAACGACAUGUUCCAAUAUGCCUGGAUUAACUGAACUUCUUAGGUUUUCCCCUCUUUAGGGUGUGUUCACACUGAGUAAGCUGAGGCAGAUUCCACACAGAUUUCCAUGAGAAGUCUCCCUCAUAUCUGAGCGACCAUUGAUUUCAAUGCGAAAUCAGAUGAGAAUUUAAUCUCCGCUUCAAGAUUUGACAUGCCAGUUCUGUGUGGAAUUAUGUCCUAGCACUUUAUCUGCUUUGAUAAGGAUUUUUUAGAUAGUAACUGAAGAGGAUUUUGAAGAGAACAUUUUUGUUUUCCGUUUAGCAAGUGUGAAUAUACCCUUAAAACAAUGCCCAAAAAGUGUGUUUUUAUCUGCGGUUUUCUAUUGCACCAUGUCUUAAUGUACCCUAUUAUUGUACCGCUUAAGUACAAUAAGGUUCCAGAGCGGUAAGGCAACUGUGUACAUAGGUCCUUAUAAAAGGGUCAUGGCUCAGCGCUGGACCACACUUGUUCUAUGCUUCUUUAGGCUGACUCUUUUAUGACCCUAAAAGUAUGAUGUAGCAGCACGGUCUUAAAAAAAAAAGUCCUUGUUAGCCCUAGCAGCCAACAUUCCCCGGAUACUCGGUAGUUGCUAUGGACAAGAAAAAAUUUAUAAAAUGAGACAGUUGUGAUGAUGGCCAUAUUUUACAUAUGUUUACAUCCUCAAAAACCAGUCAAACCAUGUCCUUGCCAUCCAUAAAAAGAGAACAUUUUAUUGUGCAACCAAUCAGCAUGACAAUUAUAGGAUUGUAAUCAGGUUGCUAUGGGCACUAAACUUUUUGUUUGAAUAGUUUUUAUACCAACUUCAGGUUCCAUUGUGCCUUUUCUUAGAUCAUCACUCCAAAGAGUUUUCAUUUCACAUCAUAUUCCUGUACAGGGUUUUCCUAGAUAUAAUGUUGAUUACCUAGAGCAAUGUUUCCCCGAUGCAGUCACCAAGUCCCCCAAACAUGUUUUCAGGAUUUCCUUAGUUGUUCACAUGUGAAAUAAUAAUGGUCCGUGCAUUAGGUAUCAUCACAAUGAUAUCACCUGUGAAAGACUAAGGAAAACAUGACAUGUUGGGGGGUACUUAAGGACUGAGCUUAGGAAACACUGCUCUAGAGUUGGGACAGACUAUUAAAGGGGUUAUC